AAAUCCCAUGAUGCCGUGUUCGCAAAAUGGCAGCGCCCACGUCAGAGAAAGCCUUUGCCAUGAGGCUGUGACAGGUACCAAGUUUGCCGCUCUGCAAUGACAGUGAAGCUGCAACCACGGAUCAUGGAGGGUUUUGUGUGCGUCAUCUUCGUCGCGUUAUCUGCACUAUGUGUGGGUAUGGAGUACAUGGCACGAAAGGCCAAGCCACCAGAGAUAUCAGCAUCUAACCCAAUAUUUCUUAAGUUCCAAACAGACUACUUCAAAGUCUAUUUCCUGGCUCUUCUUGCAGACUGGCUACAAGGUCCAUAUCUGUACAAGCUGUACAGUCACUACGGGUUCGAGGAGUCACAGAUUGCAGUUCUGUACGUGUGCGGAUUUGCGUCAAGUGUAAUUUUCGGGACAGGUACGGGAGUGUUAGCGGACAGGUAUGGAAGGAGAAAGCUGUGUGUGUGCUUCGCCGUGGUGUAUUCCAUUUCAUGCCUGACAAAACUCUCCAGGCACUACGGCGUCCUGAUCUUAGGUAGAGUUUUAGGAGGGAUCUCCACGUCACUGCUGUUCACCGCGUUCGAGUCCUGGUACGUUUACGAGCACAUAGAGACACACGACUUUCCUCCGGAAUGGCUUCCGGUCACGUUCUCGCGAGCAACGUUCUGGAAUGGAAUCCUAGCGAUAGGGGCAGGAAUCGCAGCAAACAUCUUUGCAGGUCUUUUCAACUUCGGACCCGUGGCGCCCUUCAUCAUGGCAAUACCGUUACUUAUCGCAUCAGGAGUUCUUGUAAGUACAAAGUGGAACGAGAACUACGGCACGCGCCAGAUGAGAUUCUCCAAGUUGUGCAUAGAGGGACUCCGAGAGAUCGUCAGAAGCAAGCGGAUUGUGCUCAUCGGUGCUAUACAGUCUCUGUUUGAAAGCUGCAUGUAUAUCUUUGUCUUCAUCUGGACGCCGGUGUUAGAUCCGUCAGGACCUCCGCUGGGCGUGGUUUUCUCCUCGUUCAUGAUCUGCAUCAUGAUUGGUUCGUCCCUGUUCCAUAUCCUGACGACGAAACACGCCCGUCUACAAGCUGUGCACGUCCUCGCCAUAUCAGUCCUCCUGGCUCUAACCUCCAUGGUGUCCUGUAUCAAAUCCACACACCCCCACCACGAGAACCCGACCGUAUCAUUCCUGGCGUUCCUGCUACUAGAACUCGCGUGCGGGAUGUACUUCCCGUGUAUGGGAUUCCUACGGAGCAGGAUCAUCCCGGAGAAAAACCGUGCCAGCAUCGUCAACUGGUUCCGCGUUCCCCUAAACUGUAUCGCGUGUAUCGGACUUAUGUAUCUCCACAACGAUGACGUUCUAGGCACGCAUAAAAUCUUCAUCGUUUGCUCGCUACUCCUGAUGGUGGCCAUGUUGUGUGUGUUCCAGCUCUGUAUAUUCAUAAAAACGAUGACAGUUUAAGAAUACAGAUAGUGGAUACAGACACUCUGAAUGGCAAUGGUGUUCAAGGAAUGGAGAGAGAUAGCCUUAUGUCUAAGAUAUAAGAAUUGGAGCUGGUUCUCUGGUGGCUAUGUUUGUGUUUUGUUCUAGUGAUUGAGAAAUUAUCAGGUUCAAACUUCAAACUGUUUAAUCUAGAAAGGGGUUGUGGCAAAUCCAUGUGCAAUUUUCUUGCUUAGCCAUUUAUUUUAAUGUUCCAUUAUUUUGUAUGCUGUAUUCUAUUGCUGCAAACCCAUGUUAUCUCAAAUCUCAUGACAUUUUUAAAAUCUUUGUUGUGGUAAAAUUUCCCUCUGGACUUUUGUAGUUUGUCCCUAAGACUUGAAUAUUCCAAGAUAUGUAACAUUUGCUUACUCAUAUGUUAUAUGCUGUUACAUAUAUUGCUUUCAUUUUAUGAUACAAUUGUAUUGUAUGCUCCAAAAUAUUUCCAUAUGCAGUAAACUGUGAAAAGAAUGUUCACAAUCAUAACAUAUGCAGGUAUAAAAACGCAAACUAUGAAAUGUAAGCCAAGAUGAUACUGUAUUAUAUGGAAUGAGAGGCAAUUGAAAUUUCAUACAUGUACAACAAUAAGUUGAUUUUGCUAAUCUCCAAGCAGAUUUUUUUAGUGGCUGCAAAACAGUAUGAAAUUCGCAUGACAGUAUCUUUGGCAGUAUCCAAUAUGCCGAAAAUAAAAAUACCAGUACAAAAGAAAGCCUGACAGAAACACUUAAAACAUGUCAAAAAUUAGCGAAAGCUCUGCUUGGAGACUAGAUUCUACAUCACAAAGCAAAGGUGUAAAAAUAGUAAAGAAAAGUCAUAGCAAUUGCAUGAACAUAUUAUUUAUCAGAUUUGCUUGUUGCAAGGGAGGCAGGUCAUAUAAUUUAGAAAUGUAUACCAUAUAUACUUCUGGUACUUGUACUUACACUUCUGUCACAUAGGUUGUAUCAUGGGCAUAUAGUUAUACAGGAAAGUCUCUUAGUUAUGAGUUAUACAUGUGUACAUUACACAUCUGUGAAUGAAUCACUAUGUUGAUGUUAUUUAUAUGUAUGAAAGACAGGUACUUCCAAUAAUGAACACUUUAGAAACAAUUUAGAAUCAAAUGUUCCUUUUUUUCCUGCAGAUAUUUUGAAGGCAAGUUUGUUGAUUUUUCUCAUGCCCUCUAAAAUUUAUAUUGGUGAUGUAAUAAGAUGUAGCCUGGUUACCAAAUCUAUUUUAG